UCUUGGCUCCGCCUCCUCUGCAGGCAAAGCGGUGGGAUUCGCCGGACGCGGGAAAGGGGUAGAAGGAAGAGAUCGGUUUGCCCUUUUUCCUGGGGGGUAAUUCUUUAAUCUACAAAAAUGGUUUUAAAGAAGAAGAAAGAGAUUCAAGUUGAUGCCUUUGUUCUUGAUCACCAGAAGCUUGAAAGACUUCGCAGUUUGGCAGACGUUGAGGGCCAAAAUCUGGCCUCUGUUUUGUUAUCCUGUGCACAGCUGAGUGACGGCAUCCAACAAAUCCAUUGCAUCAAAAAGGUCGUACAUUUAUUGGAAAAGAGUGAUAAAGGCUCUUUGUGUGAUGCUGUGGUCAAAACCUUCCUAGAUACUUUGGGAUUUAUUUUCUUAUCUCUGGAUACGAAGAACCCUUUGAAAAAAGUGUUGGCAAGCUCACUGAAUGGCAUUCCUGAAACUCUUAUCUCUGAAGCUACUCAGAGUUUUGUUUGUUGCCUUAAGGAAGAACUAGAAGUUACAGACCUGUCUCAGUACAAGAGGAUUAUGGACAAUCUUGCCUUUUGUAUGGACAACAAUAUAGGUAUAUCAAGUGUGAAUAUGCUGUUUGAAGAAGUUCUUCAAUUUUUGCGGAAAUCUAUAUGUGAAAUAGAGGAAGAAAACAGAAAGUUCUGUGGAAACCGCAUUGCACAAACUAGGUUGAUGCAUGAUUUGCUGAUGGGCAUUAAAGUUUCAAUGAUGCUGAUACAAAAAGUUCAAGAAAAUAUUGAGGAAAAUACCUGGAAGAAAUUGGAUUCUCCUGCCUGGCAAAACAUGUGUGGGCUACUAAAUAAUUUUACUUGCUUCUUGAGAAAUGAUGAUCUCUUACAGAAUGUUCAGAUCACAGCAGGACUGGCUGUUGUUCUCUUCCUUAAAACUAUGUUUGAACCAGUGGUAAAGCUACCAUGCUUGAUCAGUGACUUGCUUUGUGGGUCUCUGAAAUACUGUGACUUGCCGGCGUGGUUUGUGGACAGCUGUGGAAGUCUUUGUACCACUGAACUUUCAGACUCGGCCGUCCUUUUCCUUUGCCAUGGAGCACUUGCUAUGCUAGAGUGGAGAAAUAACUCUAUGGGCCAGAAUGGAGAGAAACUGCUUUUGGAUAUUGUCUUUGCUUUAUUGACUUUGAGUGCACGGUUGAAAGAAUCUGCUAUGGCAGCGUCCUUGUCCAGAAGUCUAGCUGUUUGGACUAAUGCAGCACUGGAUGCUCUUCAGUCAGGUUCUUUAAGUUUGAAGACAAGUCUUAAUGGAAACUCAGAUGCAACUGGAAAACUGCUGGACUACGUAUAUGUACAUUGGGAGCACCCUUUGGAUGCUGUUAGGCACCAAACCAAACUCAUAUUUAAGAACAUCCUCCAAAUACACCAGACUGUUACGAAAGGAACUGUUGAUGUGAAACUAGAUCCAUUCUUUUUGGGUUUAACAAACAGGUUGCUUAGUUUAGAGUGGCAUGUUAAAGGCAAAUAUUCAUCGCUUGGUUGUCUUGUGGAAUGUGUUGGCAUUGAAAAUAUUCUGUCAAUGGACAGGACAAUUCCUACACAGAUCUUAAGUGUUAUGCAUGAUCAGUCCUUUGCACCUUAUGCAAGUGAUUUAUUGGAAACCAUGUUUUUGAGUCACAAGAAGUAUCUUGCAUCCAUUUCGGAAGGAAACAUCUGGAUUGAUGUUUGGCAUGAUAUGUGGGUAUCUCCUCUGCUUUUAAUUUUGUGUGACGGGAAUCCAGAGCAAGCGACCUAUGUCACCGAUUACUACUUACCUAGGUUGUUGAAAUGUAGCCCAGAGAGCUUGAACUAUAUGAUUAAAAUCCUUCAGACUUCAGCAGAAUCUAAUGUUGGAUCUUGCAAUACUAGGGGCGCACUUGGAGCCUUGAUGGCGUGCCUGAGGACAGCCAGAGCCCAUGGACAUUUACAAUUUACAGAUAUAAUGCAUGGCAGCCUUGUGUCCAUUGGGUGUAUAAAACAAGGUUUAGUUCAGCAACAUGAUCAGGUGCGGAUAGAUGCUCUAGGUUUAUUGUGCGAAAGCCACCGAAGCACUGAAAUAAUCUCCGAAGAGGAAAUGCAGCUCAUACAAUUUUUCAUUAGAUACAACUUGAACAACCAGUCCCCAGCAGUGAGGCAACAAAUUUGUUCUUUAUUGAAAAAGUUGUUCUCCCGAAUGUAUGAAAGCUCCCAGGGACUUCAUAAAAUGCAGCAGACAAAAUGCCAGAGCCAGGAAUUGUUUCAGAUAUCCCAAGAGAUUGAUCCUACUCGUGUUAAAACUUUACUCCACUGUUUUGCCAGCACUUUUGAAGAAGUGAAGAUCUUGGCGUUUGAUCUCCUAAUAAAGCUUUGUCCUGCAUUGCCUUAUUUUCAGGAUUCUGAAACAUUGGAGCCAUUAUUUCAAGUCGCAAUGGAUCUCAGCAAAAGUACCAAACCAUAUGAUUGUGUGACUGCUUCCUAUUUAUUGAACUUCUUAAUACUUCACAAAGGUCUGCUGAAGAUCUCCUUAAAAAAUAAUUUAUCACUGAACACAUUUCAGCCAGAAGUGCAUGCAUCUGCUGACCCAGUGGAGGAAAACACAUUGGCUGUUACCAAGUACUUGUUGAAAAACCUUGAAGAAGAGGUGUUACAUGCUGAGAAAUCUUUACUAGAGGCGGCUGCUUCAUUUCCAAUGUAUGGCAGACUACACUGUAUAACAGGAGCUUUGCAGCGGUUACCAUUAAUGAAUAUGACACUUGUUGCUGAAUGGAAAGAAAUGGUGGCAAAGCUUAUUAGGAUAUCCUAUAAGAUUUCUGAUGUAGUGUCUCCAGUAGUUCAAAGUUCCUCACCAGAAGGCCUCAUUCCAAUGGACACCAAUUUCGACACUUCAGAACACUUGCAGUCGAUUCUACUGGAGAUACAGCCAUGCGAUACGAAUGAUUAUUUCACAGAAGCAAAAGUACUGAAAGAACCUUGCAGGGUGGAGAGUGCUGCUGGGACAGGUGAAAACAUCCACCUUGAAAUGAGAGAGGAAAAGCAGCAGCCAUGUGAUGUAACAGCGCAAAUGGUCUUAGUAUGUUGUUGGCGAAGCAUGAAGGAGAUAUCAUUACUUCUCGGGAAGUUGUGUCAACUUCUGCCAUCGCAGACACUGCUUGGUUCAGAUGCACUGAUAACUGUAGAGCAGGUGAAAAGCAUUGGGGGCUAUUUCAAGCAUCAUCUUCUGAAGUCAAGACAUAGAGGGGCAUUUGAGUUGGCUUAUGCUGGCUUUGUAAAGCUCACUGAAGUACUUUCAAGGUGUAACAAUGAAAGCCUGCACAGGCUGCCACAGCAAUGGCUGUACAAUGUACUGGAAGAAAUUAAAACUAGAGAUCCUUCAUCUAAACUGUGCGCUACUAGACGCAGUGCUGGGAUUCCAUUCUAUAUGCAGGCUUUGCUGGCAUCAGAACCAAAGAAGGGGAAAACAGGCCUACUAAAAAUUACAAUGAAAGAGUUGAUAGAUUUAGCGGCACCUUCAAAUGUUCCAUCAAGCACAAUCCCUCAGGUCCAUGCUUUAAAUAUCUUGAGAGCUUUAUUCAAGGAUACUCGCUUAGGAGAAAAUAUCAUUCCUUAUGUAGCAGAUGGAGUGCGUGUGGCAAUAUUAGGUUUUACGUCUUCUGUCUGGGCAGUGAGAAAUUCUUCUACUCUUCUCUUUAGUGCCCUCAUUACAAGAAUAUUUGGAGUGAAGAGAGGAAAGGAUGAGAACUCGAAAAAGAAUAGAAUGACAGGGAGGGAGUUUUUCACACGUUUUCCAGAUCUUUAUCCCUUCUUGCUCAGCCAAUUGGAACUUGUAGCCAGCACAAUGGACAGCAAAAGCGGUGAGUUGAAGCUCCAUCCAAGCUUGUUCCUUCUGCUUUUGAUCUUGAGUAAACUGUAUCCAUCACCAAUGGACGGCAUGUGUUCUGCCCUUAGUAUGGCUCCUUUUGUUCCAUUGAUAUUGAGAUGUGGUCACUCUCCUGUGUAUCGCUCACGUGACCUGGCCGGCCGAGCUCUUGUUCCCUUUAUUAUGACAAACCUGGUGCCCCAGAUGGUGUCAUCUUUGAUGGCUGGUCUUCCAGAUUACACUGAUCCUUGUAUACGACAGAAUACUGUUCAUGGAACACUGCUACAAGUUUUCUACUUGCUGCGCUCUUACUUGGACUCCAAGCACAAAGCUAAUUCAGAUUUUGAGCAUGACUUGACAAAUAUCAUCACUUGUGUUGAAGCCAAGCUGUGGCUUUCUAAGAGGCACAAUCCUUGUUUAGUGACCAGAGCAACGUACCUUGAUAUCCUUGUUCUGCUGAAUAAUUACCUUGGAAAAUCCAAAAUAAAAGGAACAGAGUUGCUCAUAUUUUUGGAGAAAAUAAGGACAGUUAUUUCAGAUUCUGAACUGGCAACAGGUGUCUACCAUUCUGCUGCAGUUCCUGGACUUGCUCAAUAUCUCCAAAGCCUCACUAAACUCUUCAUCUCUGUGUAUUCAAUGACCACAGAUUCUGGAUUUACAAACAGCAGUUCAAUUGGCAAAGAGAAGAGAGUGGAUUCUUGUUUGCCAGUUGCACAAUUGCUAUGUUCUGACUUCUAUGAAGUGCGUUUAUUGGCUUUAGAUGCAACCCUGAAGUGGUUGAAACAAAUGAAUUCUAAACACGGGGAAGAAGGAGGAAAAAGUUUCUUAUGUCUACUGUCUGGUUUGGAAGAGAUCCUCCUCAGGAUAGCUGUACAGGAAAAGCAACCAGAAUGUUUUUGCAAGGUGUUAGAAGCUUUAUAUUGUAUGGACCUCAACAGUGUGCUUCCAAAGAUAGAAGAUACUAUAAAAAUGAAUCUGAGAGAUUUUUUGCAGUGGGUUAUGGAUAUUAUAGAUACUUCUGAAAGCAUUGAAAUUCAAAGUGUAUCCCUUAAGCUUGCCUCAAAAUUGGUCAUCCAUCUUGUACAGAACUGGCAAGAGGACAUGAAAUUACUGAUAAAGGAAUGGGUUGACCUAGUCACUUCUUGUUGUGGGGAUGAGCAGCAGACAGAUCUCAGAUUGGCUAUAGCGGAGAUUCUUGUGAGCGUUACUCCUGUUUUCCUGACCAGUCAGAAACUUCUCUUGGAUCUUUCUGACACAAUGCUCCUCUGGAAGUGUGUUGUUCAGCUGUUACAGAGUGAAGAACAGAUAAUAAGGGAUACGGUUGCUGGUGUUAUAAGACUCGCCCAGUCUCAAGGAAGUAUGCUUAGGAAAACAGAGCUUGAAUACCGUGUGGUAAAUGCAGAAAUGGCUUUAGAUUUAACAUUUUCCAUACUGUGUGAAAUGCUGCAGCAGUGGCAGCAAACUGAUGCUGGAGUUACAAUCUUAUUGGAGUGGUUGUUAGAAAAAGAAGAUUUAGGAGAAUUAGAGACUACAUCCAUGGUGGGAAAUGCUUAUGUGUUUGACAAAGGACAAGUAAAUUUUUGGGCAGAAGAAUUAAAAAAAAUGCAGCAGCUCAAGAAACACCUCCUGCUCAUGCCAGUGUCUCACAUCAGUCCAUGUAAUCGACGAAAGCUGCAUCAGCUGGCGAGAUUUGCAUCUGGUCAAGCUGAGCUUGUGACACAGCGUCUUAGGGAAUUGCCUCCUACUCCAGAAUUUUCAAAAACUGUAGAAUUCACAAAAUUAGUUAUUCAGAAUGAAAAAGUAUCAGUUUGCCUUCAAAUAUUAAGUUUGCUGGGAGCUGGGACUGAUGUUUACAUUAAACAAGAAAAACCUGAAAACCCAACCACUGACAACUUGGUCCCUGUCAGUCAUAUUUAACCACAUGGUGGGCACAAGGAUUUGAGCAUUUGUUUUGUGUCCAUCAGUCUGCAAGGAACUGUUAUCAACAAGCAUCAGAAACGUCUUUGUUUCUGGAUUGACUUAAAAUGUAAUGCAGAAGAUUCCUUCUGUGGGCAUGCCUUCUUACUCAGGCCUAGCAAAUUUUGUUGCAGCUAUUCUAGGAUGCAAAACCCAUUGUACUGUUGAUUUUCCAUGCGUCAGGUGCUGGCCACCUGUUGAUAUGAUUUGCUGAUUUUACAGGUGUUUUCUGCUGUUACCCAAUUCUGCAAUGCUUGUCAUUUUCCUUGUGUACCAAGAUUUGUGCACAAGUAAAUUUUCCUAAUAAUGUCGGUCAAGUUUUAAAAUCAUCCUAAAUGAAGAAAGAUAUCUUUUAUCAAUUCCGAAGUGAAUUCAGUUUUUAAUCAUGGUUAAAUACAAGAGCUUAAUUAUUUGGAAGCAUUCUUUCCCUCUGUAGCCACAAAUACUAGCUUUUCCACAUGUAAGUACUUGAUUGCCCCUGCUGGUUAAGCGUUCAGCAUUAGAAUGCUGAAAACACCCACGGUUAUGUUUGCUAUUCUUCCUUAAGUGAGUGUUACAGUGCUCAAAAUAAAACAUGUCUUUUUACCGAACCAUUCAGCUGGUAAAGCUACUAUUUACUUGCCAAAAAUGAAUAAAUUCAGCACCAACUUAUUCCAGAGGGUUGACUGAUAAAACAUUAUUAUUCAAUAUAGCUUGCAUGUUAGAAAUGUUGUUUAGAGAUAGAUACAACCUUAGUUGUUUUCACAACAUG